AUGCACCCAGUCGAUUUCAAUACUCGAGGAUAUUUUCUCAGAAAGCCCCAUGUUCAAGUCUUGCUUUCCGUGUGUGCUGCCACUACGGCCUUUAUCAUUAAUAGAUAUCAAGCUUCAGCUCAAGGAGGAGCCUUUGAUAAUCAUGUACCUACUGCAGAGAUGUGGAAUUGGUAUGAUAAGCACUGUGCUCGACAAGGUGAAAAUCAAGAUAUUGUCAUGAAGGAUCAUUCGGUGAAUAUUCCACACAUGAUGGGUCGUUUUGAUCAUCGAGAGGAUGACCCAACUGCUAAUCCAUUCAAUGCUUACGUAAAGAACAAGUAA